ACAGUCACCUGGGACUCUGCAGCACCUCACCAACCACUUUGCCACUCUUCACAAGGUGCCCCAAGCUGCACCUCCCCCAUCUCAACUCGUCACCCGCCCAAACUCCGCAACUUACCGCCAUCCGCCACCCAUAGUAGCUCUCACCCACUCCCCGCACACCCCGCCUCUGUACACUUUACGUACCUCACAAACAUGGCCGACGUGGACAUGGCCGAUGCGCCCGUAGCAAAGACGAAGGCCCCCAAGGCUGGUGCCAGCGCGGAAGGUGACAAGAAGCGCUUCGAAGUCAAGAAGUGGAACGCCGUAGCUCUCUGGGCCUGGGACAUUGUCGUCGACAACUGCGCCAUUUGCCGUAACCACAUCAUGGACCUCUGUAUCGAGUGCCAGGCGAACCAGGCCUCUGCCACGAGUGAAGAGUGCACGGUCGCCUGGGGCAUUUGCAACCACGCAUUCCACUUCCACUGCAUUUCACGAUGGCUUAAGACGCGACAGGUCUGCCCGCUAGACAACCGAGACUGGGAGUUCCAGAAGUAUGGUCGAUAGACACAACAUGGUUGGGCGUACAUGGGGUAUGUGCUUUCUUUCGGACGUCUGGCGCAGCAAGGUCUUUCAAAAGGUCACAGUAGCUACGGGGUUAUAGCAUCACAGGUGCGCACCAUCGAUGAAUGAACAGAUCCAUU